UAGUAUUUAGUAUACAUUGGCAAUUGGCAUUGAGUUUGUGUGUAUCGUGUGUAUAUAUAUUUAACGAUAGCCGUUUCGUUUUACAAAAGUAUUUUGUGACUGACGACACAUAAAAAAAUAUAAUUGCUGUCAAUUUGCGAAAUAUCUCCUGACGUUUAUAGCGUUAAAAUAUCAAGUCACGAAUAAGAAUCAAAGCAACUUAACCUAAAUUUUAUCCUUAAACCCAUCAGGAACAAAUAAUAUUGUCGGAUAAAUUUUUAUCAAUAUUUCAAUUUAAUAUUUUCCAAAAUAGUAAUUUAAUAAAUAAUCAAUAAAAUUCUUUUCCGAUAAUUUUAUUUGGAACAGUGAUAAAAUAGUGCGAUUAAAACCUAACCUAACAUUAUGUGAAAUUUAUUUUUUGAAGGACAUAUUUAGACGAAUUUAUCAUAAUCGAACGUAAAAAUCAAUUGUGUUUGAUUAAAAUUUUUAUUAAUUUUAAUUACCAUAAUUGAUCAAUGGAUGACACGUGCUUUACAAUUGAAGAUUUGUUGCUUUUGUGUUACGUCAACAUUUACUUAAAAUGUUGACACAAAAAUUGAGUAAAAGACGGUUUCUCGUUGAUAUUUUGGCCUUGUUAUUUGGACUUGGAGCUUGGAUUGGAAUUAAUGGAAUAUAUGUGCAACUGCCACUAUUAGUAAAUAAUGCACCUGAAGGAUGGACACUUCCGGCAUACAUGGUGAUGUUGGUACAAAUUGCUAAUUUGGGACCUCUUCUUUACACCCUGUAUGUCAAAUAUUCGUCAUGUAUUGGAGAUAAAACGAUUAUCUACUGCCUCCUGGGAUCCGCAGUAUCAUCAACCUACGCUCUCUCGUCACUCUACGACAAAACAUCGGGAAUCUUUGGCGAGGAACAUUCCACCCAUCUGCUGGGAUUAAUGUUCAUCACUGCAGUGGUUGGUUGUACAAGUUCCGUUCUAUUUAUGCCCUAUAUGCGAAAUUAUCGCGAAAUAUAUUUAAUAUCAUAUCUCGUUGGUGAGGGACUUAGCGGUUUUAUACCCAGUAUUGUUGCACUAAUUCAAGGUGUCGGUGGUAAUCCAACGUGUGUCAAUGUCACCAAAUCAAAUGACUCUAAACUUGUGUUCGAUACACACUAUCCCGACCCACGUUUUAGUACAAGAACAUUUUUCAUAUUUCUCGCGACUUGUUUACUAUUGAGUUUUAUUGCCUUCCUUGGAUUGAAUAAAUUACGAAUUGCCCGUUGUGAACGUGUGCAUCCUCUCGAUUGUACGGAAAAUUUACCAACAACAAUGGACAUGAAUACUCCGGCGAGUUACAAGACUGAUAUACUUUGGACAAUGUCACGACGUACUUAUCAACAUUUAUUGAUAAUGAUGGGACUCGUUUGUUUUCUAGGCAAUGGAAUGUUACCGAGUAUUCAAUCAUUUUCGUGUUUACCCUAUGGGAAUAUUGCUUAUCAUUUAACGGUGACAUUAUCGUCAAUGGCGGGUCCACUUGCAAUGUGCUUGGGUUUUGUCAUUAAGAAUCCACAAAUUAGGAAUCUUCAAAUUCUCACUGUGAUGACAUUGUUAUUGUCAAUUUUGGUAUUCUUCUUGGCACUAAAAUCACCGACACCGCCAUUACAAAAUUCAUGGUUAGGUGAAAUGAUUGUCAUUCUCUCUUGGGUCGCCGUUUGUGGAUUAAUUGGUUUCAUUAAAAUGGGCAUUACAACAUUAUUUCGUCCUGAUCCGGGUAAGGGACUUUAUUACACUGGAGUUGCAACACAAGUUGGUUCUCUUGUUGGCGCAUUAUUAACAUUUUGUCUAGUCAAUUAUAUCAAAGUCUUUCAAACUUAUUCACCAUGUUCAUCACUUAUUGAAGAAAAGUUUUCUAUAUAGCGAAGAAAAAGUGCAAAAGAAAUUCUUUGUAAUAUGCCUGUAAGCAUUUAUAUUUCUGGAUUUCGAAUUAUGAAAAAUAAUCUCAAUAUUGCUAUCCAUUUUGUAAUAUGUUUUCGUUUAGAAUUAUUUUAAAAUAAUUUAGAAAACAAAAUUGGGAGAAAGAAAUAUAGUGAAUUUUUAUUUAUUAGUUGAAUUUAUAAUAAAGUACUUUUCUCCUUAAUUUAUAGAUGAUUUUUAAUUGUAGUUUGAUAGAAGACAAAUAUUUUCUAUUUGUUAUAAACAAAAAAUCAGGGAAAUAGGACUGUAUAUUAUAUAUAUAAAAAAUGUUAUUU